AUGAGUCGCAAACAAACUCCAAGUGACUUCCUGAAGCAAAUCAUAGGCCGUCCUGUCGUGGUGAAGCUCAAUAAUGGCGUCGAUUACCGAGGUAAACGAGCUUUAUUUUUAGUUGAAUGUACAUUAAUCGUUUCAUGAUGCGUGACAUUUAGAAUAACAACUUUCAAAUUAAUAAUAAACCUUUUAUGAUAUUUUAUGAUAUAUUGCAUAUAUCGACGUUACCUUAUUUACUUAUCCAUGUUCUAUUAAGAGCUUUGGGCUCUCUUUUUUGGAUUUAAAUCUGGCCUCAUUCAUUUUAUUUCAGCAUGAAAUUACAUAAACCCUUAAAUAAAUAAAAACAAAAACAAAAAACAAAAAAAAGCAAGGUGCAAUUAUCACUGUUUGCUAGAUGCAUAUUAUUGUUAAUUUCAAUAGCUUUCUUAUUUCAGUAUCACUCUUUGGUUCAAUUCUUUUGAAAAUUAAUUGAUUUUUUAUGAAAGAUUCAUGCCCCUUCAGAGAAGAAUUUAUAAGUCUAGAUUCUUUGACCCCAGAGAAGAAUUGUUAUUCAUAGGAGAAGAAAUCAGGUACUCAAGCAAGGACUGCAGUCCUCCCUCUCCUUUUCUACCCAAAGAAAACAAAACUCUUCUGACAAGAGCCAGGUAUUAAGGUAUUCUUCUGAAUAGAAACACUGCUUACCUCAAAAGAUAUGAUAUUCAUUUAAGCAGAAUCUCACAUUUAAGCAAGUUUAUCAGAAGUAUUACUGUUCCUCCCCAAAGACUCAAUAUUUGUCAGGGAGGAGUGUCAUUUUGUGAUUCUUCUCUAAGGAGUUUCUAUGCUUCGCUCAAGAAUGGGUAUUUCGUAAAGAUCCUCAUUAUUCUUCAGAGAUUGACCUUGCUUUGGUGAAGAAUGAAAUUCAAAAUGAUUUUUGCUGGGAAAAUCUUUGUGCCCUUUGGAAGACUGGUUAUUCUAUUAAGCAGAAUCUCCUGCUUUAAUGGGUUGUGGUGAAUUAUCAAAACAAUUUUUUUUUCUGACCAAGAAGAUAUGGGCAUUGAGGUUAAUUAUUAGAGAAAAUUAAAUAUCUUUGUGUUGUGAUAAGUUUAUCAUAAGCUAAAUAAGACAGAGCUGGGUAAUGGCUCUGCUUAUCAUAAACAUACUUGUGAUGCCUUAACAACCAUUUACUAGGUGAAACAAGAGAGUGGUAAUUUUGAGACAGUAUCUUAGAUCUAUAGCCCUAAUAUCCACUAAAAACCAUUGUUAAGCAAAUUUAUGUAGACGAGUAUUUGUGAAGCUCACGCAUUUCCCUGAUGGUAGAAAAACAUGGAAAAAAUACAUCCUUGUGAUCAAACUAAAAUAGGUUUGGGCUGAAUUUCAGCAAAUGUUCAAAGGUUAAAGCUAGUGUUCCUCAGAUAAUUUGUGGUUCUUUAACAGUGAGGACAGUCUGUGGUGAUACUUUUUUUACCUCAUGGCAUUAUAUCCCCUGCCUCCCCUUCUGGGUUUUCUACUGUCCCCAAGGUUGGACUAUAGUCUUCUGUUCAAAUAUCUGGGGGGUGUGGGACAAAGGCCAAAAUUUUUGCCUGAGUACUUGGAGUUGAACACAAGUUGAACACAAUUCAAAAUGAUGUCUUUUAUGUUGGACCAUUAGCUAAAAUGAUAAAGGUGUACUUUCCUUCUUUUUGCUCCAUCUUUGAUCAAAAUACACCUUUGUACAUGUAGACCUCACAAAUGAAGACCAAACUUGGUGGAGAAUACUCAACUGAGAGAAACAGGCUUUAAACAGUAUCAAAAUUCACAAUUACAACAGUAGCAGCUAUCAAUGAAUAUGGAAAUAUUUUAGUCAUACAGUGUAAGCAAUUGAAAUUAUUGUCUUCAGGUUGAUUUUCACUCAUCUGUUUGGCUGUCAUUUGGCUAUAUUUCACAUAUAUUUAGCAGCUGAUUUGAGGUUUAGUAGAUUUCAUUGGAUUUGACUUUUUUAUUUGUUACACAAUUAUGCUAUUUUGCUCCUGUUUCUUCCACAUGAACUUUAUUAAUCAGAUAUUAAUGUACAGUUAAGUUUGUUUGCUUGCUCAGCAAGCUUAAAAUUGGCCAUCAUUCUCCACAUUUUUUUACUGUUCAGCCAUCAAUUUAACUGGCUUUUAGAUAAAAGUUGUCUUGAAGCCUCAUCUUUAAGAUAUUGUUACAAGCAGAGGCAUAUUUUUACUUCUAGCUUUGCAGCAAAUACUUUUAAACUUACGUAGUAAUCAGAAGGUGGUUUAAGGGCACGUCACAAAAUAUUGGAGAUGGCAUAUGGUUAAAGUUCUCAUCAUCUAGUUGAAUAAUCAAGAAAUGGCAUGAGGUACAGUGACAUGACGUGCAAGAGUGUAACAUGAUAGCUUUUUUCAUUAUGUAAAUUUUUUGUUGUCUACUUGCUGCUUUUUCAAACCUAAAAGUUCUUUGUUUCACACAACAGUGUAAUACAAAGGAAACUUGUAGCACUGAAUAACAAAGGCACGAGUCGCACAUUUUUUCCGACCAUGCACACAAAAAAAUUGUACAUAUGCAUCUGACUACCCUGUGUCUGAGCGUAUGAAAUUUGUCUGUGCAGUCAAUGUAUAUGUGAGUGUACUCCGUACAUAGCUCCAAGGAGCCUUUCAUUGACUCAACCCUUUAACUCCCAGAAGUGAUUAACAUGAAACUUCUCCCUACAAUAUCCAUACAUUAUUCAGCAAACAGGUAAUGAGAAUAUUCAAACUUAUUGGGUAGAAGCUGUUAUCUUGAUCUAGCACCAAGUUCUCAUAACUAAUUUACAAGGAAAUGUGUGGCAGCUAGAGGGAAGAAUUAUUUAAUAAUUAACUAUCAGAUCUUGGGAGUUGAAGGGUUAACGUCUAUUGGUGGUUUUCACUGUCAUGCAAUUGAAAUCUAAAGUCAAAUAUAUUGAAUGCCUGAUGCCAAAAGAGUGAGCUAUUGUAGAAUAUUGAUAUAUAACUUGCCUUGAAGUUUCAGGAAUGUAGGGUUUUUAGGUGCUGAGUUAUUUGCCCAAAUGUCUGACAUAAUUUUAUAGACUGAGCUCAAUAUGGGGACGCUACGUUGGUGCUCAUCCAAAUGCCACAUGGUGGCCAUGAAGUACAUUUGUAAUGCAAACUUUGUUGUCUUUUUUGGCCACAAAAAUGAUUGUUUAUCCCCAAUGAACCCACAAACAUUUAUAUGAACACAUUUAUUAAUUAACACUUAAGGAACAAAAUGUCACACAAUAAAAUUCAGUUUUCCAUAUGAAGCAGCUUUUCAGGCAGCUAUUUCAAUCUAUGUCUAAUAAUGAAAAAUUAUAAAAUUGAGAAAGGUUGGAUCUAUUUUUGAAAUAGAGAAUGCACAUUAUGCUGAAACCUCUUUCCAAAAGAUUAAUGUUUAGGAGAUCUUUAGUCUUUUGGAGGUAAAACUGCAGUAAUAGCCCUCAUUAUCUUAGAUCUUUAUAAUGAUGUUAGAUGAAAACUAAGGAUACUUGAUAUGUGUUGAUGUGAGCAGAAAACUGUACGACUUUUCAACUUUUCGUAAAAUCCACCAUUUUACCGUAAUACAGUAUUGCUAUGGUUUUGAAUGUGAGUUUGGAAAAGUUUUUGAAAUGCAAGAAUGUCUUUCAUCUUUCGUUUUGGUUUUUUACAUUUUUAACAUUACUGCCUCCCUUUAUAGCUUGUUAUGUAAAUUCAAGUUGUAUGUUUGCAGAUAAACACAUAAAUAUUGCUCUCUGUGAUUUCUUGCAGGAGUGCAGUGGCCUGUCUUGAUGGUUACAUGAACAUUGCUUUAGAGCAAACAGAAGAGUAUGCUAAUGGGCAGGUAAGUAAAAUUUCAUUUACAUACACAAGUUCUCUUAUUCAAGAUAAGUGUGGCUGUAGUCCAUGAACUGUUUUAGUUCAUAUCUUGUUUGAAGUUUGAAUUCUAUUAAUUCAUAAAUGCAAAGCAGUUAAAAAAAAAUUGAAUUGCAUAUUUACAUAACAAAAAUUGAAUUAUACAAAUCUAGUUAUUAACUAAUCAAUCUCAAAUACAGGUGAUAAGCUGCUAAAAAAGGUAUGAUAUCAUAAUACAAGCUGCAAAAUUCUAAAACCCUAAACUAUAAAUUAGUUGCUUUAAGACAUGAAGAGAUAGUAAAAGUGUUCUUAAAAUGGUCAGUUUUAAAACGUGGCAUAUUAAAAGAUCAUGCAUGUCUUAAUGAAUAAGUAGUUUUGUGCUGUGAGGGUAAUUACUUAAAAAGGUAGUAAUUGUUAUCAUUUACAAUUGUGUCCAAAAGUGUCUCAUAUUUCGUCUAUAAUGAUGAAAUUAAAUUAAAUUCUACACAUUUUUGUAUUAAACCAGUUGAGUAUGUUUUAGAGUAGAGGACUUGUAAUCCUUUUGAAAAAGUAGCACAUAUCCUUGAUAUCAUUAUAUUUAUAGAAAUUAUAGCAUGAUUACCAAAUGAAAAUGACUAUCAAAAUGCAAAAACAUAAAAAAAAAGAAUAAAAAAAGAAAAUACUAUACAUAAAACAGUUACAUGGAGAGGGGUAGAGAUGAUACCAUGGUGGGUGUGAUGGCCCAAUUGAUUUAAUCCUUUAUACCUUAAUAUCAGUAUGCAUUUUCUCCAUACUGUGCUCAAUACAUUUUUUAAGGUUCUGAAAAGGAGAAUUUGUUUAACAGGUAAGAGUUCUUUAGUUGUUGAUCAUUUCCCUUAUUCUCAUGACCUUAAUGUUUGAUUCAAGGUUGUUGUGCAGCAUGCCAAGUAAUUUUAUGUGUGCAUUUAUUUUUCAGCUGAAAAACAAAUAUGGUGAUGCUUUUUUGAGAGGGAACAAUGGUAUGUAUAGUUGUAACGAUGUUAUACCCCAUUACACACCAAAGCUCAAACAUGUUUAAAAGCGGUCAUAUUAACCCUUUACACCCCGACAUUAAUCUGCAUAUUCUCUAUACUGUCCUCUGUAGUUUUAGAUAUAUAUCCCAAAGUGCUUAUAAGGAGAAUUUGUUUUAUAAUCAAGAGCUUUUUUAAUUGGUGAUCAUUUCCUUUAUUUAAGUGACCUAAAUGUGUGAUUCAGAGGUGAUAACAUAAGCAAUUAUAUGCUGGUCACUCCUAGGAGCCAAAGGGUUAAAGCAAGUCUAAAAAUUUUGUUCUUGCUAGAAGCAGCAGAAACUUCAAAUUUAGCUUAUUUAAAAUAAAAGUUUAACUUGAAAUUUAACAUUGAAAUUUAACAUUGAAAUUCUUCAUUCAUAGUUUGUUUAUACCAGAUACUUUAGUAAGUGUGGGCUUUCACACCAUAACCAUUUAACCCUCUCACUCCCAAGAUCUCAUUGGUAAUUCUCCUUACUAUGUGCUAUUCGAUUAUUUUGAUGUUAGUUCAGAGAAUUUGGUAUUGGAUCAACGAAUAAUCCCUUAAUUGACAUUUUUCUUUAUUCUCAUCACUUCUCUGCUGGAUAUUGGUUUGAUGUUGUAAGGAGAAAUUCUGCCUUGGUCACUUGUAGAAGUUAGAGGGUUAAUUAAUAGGUCCGUUACUGAUGUUCUGUGUUCCCUUUUCAGUGUUGUACAUCAGUACACAAAAGACAAGCAGAAGAUGA